AUGAAAAAUGAAGCAGAAACCGCAUACAACGAAGCAUACAAAGCAGUAAUAAAAGAUAACGCUGAACGUUCAAAAACAGUACUCCUAACACCACAAAAACCUAUAUCCAGCUUUACACCACAAAAACCUGUAUCCAUCCCAAGAUCCCUUAACCAGCUAAAUGCAAAAAUUGCCCUUGAAUCCAUUUUAUCAACCAAAGAAAAAGAAGCCAUGAAAAAACCAUCUGCCAAAAAAUUUGCCGAAUUAUGGGACAGUCUCAUUUCAUACACCGAAGUCCAUUCCUUGAUGGGCUUUUACCCAAUAGCCAGAUGCCCAGGUCCUAAACCCGUUUUCUUAGCCGACCUAUUAGAUCCUAUGACUUUAUGGGAUUAUUUUAUUCAUGGAUUCAUCGACACCAUCUAUCUAGAAGACACCAAUUUACACUGCAUCAGCGAGUUCCCUUCUGCUGUGUAA